GGACAUUUUAGUCUUUAAAUAUGAUCAGGAAUAUACUGAUUAAAUCGUGUAUAAAGUUUGAGAGCCGUAUUGCGGCGUCGCCAAAACCAAAACAUCGGUGUAACCGGAGCCGUUCGUCCGCCGCAUUUCUGCAGCUAUGUUGCGCGCGUGUGUCCGCGUUUACUGUAUAUGUCUGUGUGCGUCGGUUGUGCUGAGUGUUCAUGUGGCAAAAGAAUAUGUCUGCCAAGAUCCAGAUACGGGAACUCUUCAUGAACUUAACACAACUUGGCGAUCUACCACUUUCUGCGGAAAUUAUACGUGUAAAAUUAGAAGAAUAAACACUGGUCAGCAACCAUCUAAAGUGUUUGUGAGUCUUUUCAACCAACAAUCCAGGUCCAAUAAUGAUAAUAAAAUCAAUCACACAAAUGAAUUCAGUUUGUCAAAACUCUUACCAGAACUUACCAAAGAUAGUGAUAGACUAUUAAAUAAAGCAGAAAUUCAGAAAAUUACAGAAUUACUACAUUCUGUAAAGAAGAGUGACUUGCAAGCUGUUAUAGAACUGUAUAAUGUAGCUCAAGAAAUGUAUAAGGAUAUGAAAUUGACUGACACUAAAGAAGAUAAUAGAGCGAGUGAAGCAAUAUCAGGCGAAUCUAGAGAAAGUAGUCAACAUAAAACUUCCUAUUGGUAUGAACCUGCUAAUGAACACAGAAAGGAAGCUGAUAUGAAGCCAGAAGGAACUGAACUUGAAGGAUCGACCCUAUAUUCAGCUAGCCCAUACCCAUACGCGCAACAACAACCGUACUUUUACUCGCAAAGUCGAACAAAUUAUCCCAAUUACUUUACAGGAUCGUUGUUAAAUAACGACGGUAGAGUGGGAUAUCCUAGUCUACCGAUGAACCAGCAAGGCAUGCCCGCAUAUUACCAACAGAGAAUUAUAUAUGAUGCUCCCGGGCCUACACCACAGAGUCCUUGUAACCCUUGCGUUCGACCAUAUCAGUAUCAACCAAUGCCCAUGCCUGCAAACUAUCCUCCACGCCCCACGAGUAAUAUGUACCCGUAUUUGCUAAGAUACAACUACACAACUCAUGCCUACAACAAUUAUUAUAAAGGAAAUCCUUGGGCGUAUUAUGAUUACUACAGAAACCUUCCAUAUCAGAAACCUUCACAAUUUCAAAGAAAUCCUAACACAUUAGAAAAAAUACCUGACGAAAACAGUAUUAAUGCUGACAUCAAAGACGAAAAAUCAUGGAAAACUGAUCCUCUAUCCGAAGAAGUUAUCAAUGAAAUCAGAGCAAAUAUAGCGCAGCGUGGUAAACUAAUAAAUAUACCCUUGAAAAAGCGGAUAAAAUUAGAAAGGGUAUCUAAAGUAAUUAAACUAGAUCAGAAUAAUAGAAAAACGAGGUCAAUAACUAAGAUACAUAGUGAAGAAAAACAUUCAAGAGAAAGUGAUAUAAGUCAGAAGUCUAUAGAAGAAUCAAAAACUCUUGAAAAUACUGAAGUGAUGGAGACAUAUGUCGAAAAAGUAAUGUGCGAACCAACAACAGAACUAGGCUACUUCAAGAUCGGUAACAUGAACAAACCAUAUCCUGACUGCUGCCCGCAAAAGAUAGAAGAUAAGCAAAGAUAAGACUUGUCACCUUUUGGGUGAAUCAACUAUUUCUUGAUGUUAUUACUAAGGGAAAUAAGUGCAGUGAGUAUACAUAUUUGUCUGAGGCGAUGCCGCUUGGGAAGAUUGUUCCUUGAAUCAGACUAAGCUGAUUUCAUGCCCUAGUCACGAGAGCAUUGGCUACCCCCCAAAAAGGGGGAAGGUGGCUCCGGUGGUUCAGUUUGAGUGAAAGAACAAUCGUGCCAAGCGGUGUCGCCUGAGACAUAAAUGCAUACUACUCCAAAUAGUUCUGCACUUACUUCCCCUACGAUAUUCUGUCCCGUUAGCCAGGCGACAAUAUUAGUAAUAUUAGUAUAGUUCGCGUCCGAAAGGACAUGAAGGUGUUGGGACUCCACGAACAAGACACCCAAGAAAGGAGCAAGUGGCGUCGCAUGAUUGGGAAAGCCGACCCCGCGUAACGGGAAAAAGGCGAGGCAGAAGAAGAACAGUAUAGUUCGCGUCAUCCGCGAUGACACGUAGAUUUGUCGAAUCUAACCUUUAAUAACAUGACAAUACAAGUCAAGGCAUGCGUCUUCGUGAAUGACAUGAUCUAUACAGUUUGUUAGAACUCUUGCACACCUAUAUUAUCGUGCUGUAGAAAGGACUCAUAACUACCACAAAAAUGCAUGUUUGACUAAAUGCCAUUAAACCAGGAUUUUAAGUGUCACCCAGGCGACCGUAACCGUGACGAGUGACAAGAAAAUUUGAUUCACCCUUUUGUAGAGAACGUAAUUUUUCGUUACUGGAGAAAGUAACAUAAUUUUAUUUCAAAAUCUAAUACCUUUAAAUAUAUUUUUGUAACCUUUUGUACAUAGCAUUUUUUGCAGGUAUUAGAGUAAUUUUCGUUAUUUAAGUUUUGUUAUAACAAUAGAAAAUAAUUAGUAAUAUACAGCGUGUAUUUUUAAAACAACCGCAAAUUGAAUCGAGGAAGUAGAUUGCAGUGUUGUAAUAUAUGUAUUUCAAAAUGAAUAUGUAAUAUAGCUUACUCAUCCAUACAAAAACAGAGAAAAGAUCAACUCCCGAAAAUUUCCAUUCUCCGUGAUUUUUACUAUGUUAUUGAAACAAUGAAAAACUAGGUUUAAAAAGUUUUUCUUUUUUCAGAAUUUGGAUAGCAUUUUUUUUUUCAAAAAAGCUAAUUCUAUAUACCUAGAAUAUAUUAUUCUCAAGCGAUCAACAUCAAAAUCAAAUUUAUUUGUUACGAUUAAGUUAUUUUCUCCCGAAAUGGAAUUUCAUAGAAAAAGUAGUUAUUUCGUUAGGAUCGCAAAGCUAUUCUUAUUUAUUUAUUUAUUUAAGCUUUAGUGCACAAAUUUACAAAAAAAAGAAUACAAAUGGCUGACUGAACGCCUUAAUACAUUCUAUUCAAGUCAACCAUUGGGCUAAAAAGAGACAGUUUGGUGCAGGAUGGAAAAAGCGGGUAUGAGAAUAAACAGAAUUCGAGAUAACUAUGAUAAUUUAUACGCUAUUUUAUAUAUAAU